GCGAGUCCACAACCGAUAAAUCAUCAGCAGAGCUCGCAAGGGAAUCGCGAUGCAAUUCCAGAUGCGACAUGCAAUCCAGAGCCAGAAGAGGGAAGCGAUCAAGUACAGGAAGGCGAACAAGAGGCGCGAAACGCGACACAUCGAACAGAAAGAGAUAAUGACAAGUAUCAACAAGAGCAAUUCACAGGAAGCAGUAGUACACAUUUCAAAAGGAUCGAGAUGCCGGUAUUUGAGGGAGCGAAUGUGAACGCAUGGAUCACAAGAGCUGAAAGGUAUUUUUCAAUGGGACAAUGUUCAGAAAACGAGAAAUUGAGAUUAGCUGCUAUGUGCAUCGAUGGACAUGUAUUGAGCUGAUAUGACUAUCAGAAUGGAAAGAAACCAUUCAAGGACUGGGCAGACGUUAGAGAAAGGAUAAGGAGAAGAUUUGGUGGAAGGAAACUGGGCUCACCUUUCGACAGACUACUGUCAUUAAGACAAACAGGUACGGUAGAAGAAUACCUCUGUGAAUUUGAAGAAUUAUUAGCUCAAGUACCUCAUACUCCUGAAGAAAUGGUAGAGAGUACAUUCAAAAAUGGAUUGAAACCAGAAAUACUGGAAAUAUUACAAAUAUUUCGACCUAAAGGCAUGGAAGAAAUCGUAGAUGUAGCACUGAGUAUUGAAGGCAGCAAGUUAAGUGCUGUGUGUGGAGGAAAAGGAGGAUGUGAUGGAAAAAAUUGGAAGAUGGGAAAUAUAGGUUCAUCAUUCAGAACAGUUUCAGUACCCACUGAAAACCAGAAGUACCAGAACCAAUCAUACAAGAGCAAUUUUCAGGAACGAGGAAGACAGAUCUGUGGAGGAAAAGGACCAAAAGAAGAGGGUGGGGUUCAAGAAAAGAAAUCAACAUUCAAAAGAAUGUCUGAUGCGGAAUUUGAAGAGAAGAGGAAGAAAGGGCUGUGUUUCAGGUGUGAUGAGAAGUUUUUUGUGGGACACAGAUGCAAACAGAAAGAAUUACAAGUAAUCUUAGCUGAGGAAGUAAUGGAAACAGGAGAGGAGUUGAAAGAGGAACAAGAUAAUGAAGAAGGAAACAUGGAGGAGGAGGGAGAGUUUGCUGAGCUAUCACUCAACUCAGUAGUGGGACUAACCUCACCAAAAACACUUAAGAUCCGAGGAUCAGUAGGAGAUCAGGAGGUAGUAAUAUUGAUUGACAGUGGAGCCACUCAUAACUUCAUAUCAUUGAAGUUAAUGACAAAGCUAAAACUAAGGCCUGAAGGUAACACUCAAUUUGGAGUAUCCUUGGGAACAGGUAUGAAGGUAAAAGGAAAAGGGGUUUGUAAGGCAGUACGUUUACAAUUGCAGCAUAUAGAAGUAGUAGAAGAUUUCUUACCAUUGGAAUUGGGAAGUGCUGAUAUGAUUUUGGGAGUACAGUGGUUGCAGAAGCUGGGAAAAGUUCAAAUGGAUUUUCAGGAUCUGGAGUUGAAGUUCAAUUAGGGCACAUCAUGGAUCACAGUAACAGGUGAUCCAACUUUACAUAACUCAUUAGUAACAUUGAGAUCAUUGAUCAAUAAGGGGUAGAGAACAUCCAAUAAAUCUCAAAGAAGGAACAGGUCCAGUAAGUGUCAGACCUUAUAGAUACCCCCAUGCACACAAAGAAGAGAUUGAGAAGCUAGUGAAGGAUAUGUUGAAGGCAGGCAUAGUGAGACCGAGCCAGAGCCCUUUUUCAAGUCCAGUGUUACUAGUUAAAAAGAAAGAUGGUAGCUGGAGGUUUUGCAUCGACUACAGAGCGCUGAACAAAGUCACAGUAUUGGACAAAUUUCCAAUACCAAUGAUAGACCAACUGUUGGAUGAACUAUAUGGAGCAAGGGUGUUUUCAAAGUUGGACUUGAGAUCAGGCUAUCAUCAAAUCAAAAUGAAGGCAGAAGACAUACCCAAGACAGCAUUCAGAACACAUGAUGGGCACUAUGAGUUUUUAGUAAUGUCUUUUGGCCUUACUAAUGCUCCAGCAACAUUCCAAGCAUUGAUGAACGAGAUUUUCGGACCAUACCUCAGGAAGUUUGUGUUAGUAUUUUUUGAUGAUAUUCUGAUAUACAGUUGCUCACUAAGGGAUCAUGCAACACAUCUACAGACGGUGCUAGCAGUGUUACAGAAACACAAGCUAUACGCUAACAAAAAGAAGUGUGAGUUUGGGAGACAACAGGUAGACUAUCUGGGUCAUAUAAUUUCUCAGGAGGGAGUGUCUACAGACCUAGCUAAAACAGCAGCAAUGCAAAAAUGGCCAACCCAAGCAAUGUGAAAGAAUUAAGAGGUUUUAUGGGGCUGACAGGGUAUUACAGACGUUUUGUACAGAACUACGGCACAAUAGCUUGUCCCUUGACAGAUCUACUAAAGAAAGAUGGGUUUAAUUGGUCUGAAGAUGCUUCGAGUGCAUUUAGGAAACUAAAGCAAGCUAUGACAUCUGCUCCAGUUCUGGGAUUACCAGAUUUUCGUGAAGAGCUUGUGGUUGAAACGGAUGCCUCGGGAUUUGGCAUCGGAGCAGUCCUAAUGCAGAAGCAUAGACCAAUUGCCUUUUUUAGUCAGGCUCUGUCUGAAAGGGAGAGAUUGAAACCAGUCUAUGAGAGGGAAUUAAUGGCAGUGGUCCUCUCUAUCCAGCGUUGGAGACACUACCUAUUGGGUAGAAGUUUUCUGGUUUGCACAGACCAGAAAGCCUUAAAAUUCCUACUGGAACAACGCGAGGUGAGUAUGGAAUACCAACCUUGGUUGACUAAACUACUGGGAUACGAUUUUCAAAUUGUCUACAGGCCAGGAGUGGAGAAUAAGGCAGCUGAUGGCCUGUCCAGAAUGCCACACAACGCAAUUCUGGAACCAACAUGCAUGGGUUUAGCCAUAACUAUCC